GUCCCAGAAUUAGGCUUCUGGGAUGUUGUGCUCGAUUACGUCCUAAUCGAUGCGUUUGAGGAAUUCUCACGCCCGCCUUCUGCUGUUUUAGCUGUUACAAGAAAUAUGUUUUUAAGCCAAUCUUUAAAGGAAUCAACCCUGGCAACUGUGAUCUGGUCGAUGCUUAAAGCAAAACGCGCAAGGCUUGCGGUACCCGAUGGAUUUAUAUCACAUUUUUACGAUAUUUCGGAAGCAGUUUCACCCACCAUUACUUUAGGAUUUCUGGGAACAGACGAGCAUUUGCGUGACUUAUGCCACUAUUUCAAGGAACACAUGUGCUCUUUCAUUGUUGACAUAUUUAGCCUGAAAAAAGUACGAUAUACAUGCCUGAGGGAGCUGGCUGAAGAUAUACGACUUAUCCUGGAAACACGUCUUGAAAUGGUCCAGACUAGGCUUAGCACCGAGUUACUCCCUGUUGCAUAA